AUGUCACUUUUAGUUACCAUACUUCAUCAUGUACUUUUCGCUUGGUACUCCUUUAUUGUUAUCCUUAGUUUAUAUGGACAAUAUAUUACCCAAUCAAGAUAUCGACAUAAACCUCGACCUGUCUCAUCCAAGCUGAGCCACGACGAAGCUCAGGGCGUAACAAUCAUUCGACCGUUGAAAGGCAUCGAUUUAGAUUUAGAGACUAACCUACGAUCAUCCUUUACCCAAAACUACCCUAAAUUCGAGCUAUUAUUUUCAGUUGCAUCUCCACAUGACCCAGCGAUAUCAGUUGUUCAUCAAUUGAUGUGUGAAUAUCCCUCUGUAGAUUGUCGAUUGAUCGUAGGUGAUCGUCAAGUAGGUAUUAAUCCUAAAAUCAAUAAUAUGGUUCGAUCGUACGAAGAGGCAAAGUAUGAUAUUCUCUGGAUUCUUGAUUCAAAUGUCUAUGUUGAUAAAGACACACUUGGACGCUCUGUGGAUGAACUAUCCCGUCCUGGCAUUGGCCUUGUUCAUCAUUUACCAUUGGCUGUGCAACCCAAGAAUUACGCGGCCGAGAUUGAACAUCUCUUUCUAGACACGAACCAUGCCAAGAUGUAUCUGGCUAUCAACGGCGUAGGUAUUGCAUCAUGCGUUAUGGGUAAAUCAAACUUGUACAGACGCUCAGAUCUUGAGAAGGCAGGAGGGUUAGUCAAGUUUGGCAAAUACAUGGCUGAGGAUAACGUCAUUGGAGAAGCCUUGUGGCACCAAGGCUUACGACACAGCAUGAGUGCAGACGCUGCUUGCCAAGCUCUUGGGGAACUUUCACUCAAGGGAUACUCUCGUCGCCGAGCACGAUGGGUACGUCUUCGAAAAUAUAUUGUGACCGCAGCUACCUUGGUUGAACCGAUCACGGAAUCUAUUCUCUGUGGUCUCCUCGGCGCCUUUAGUUCCCGUGCUCUCUUUGGCACUUCUAUUGUCACAUUCUUUGGAAUUCACUGGCUGCUCUGGUUUAUAAACGAUUAUGUACUUUAUGUUACACUUGUCGAGCAUGCAGUCGCGAACGAACGUCUUGCUAUACCUCGGUUUCUACGAGCAUGGCUAUCACGAGAAAUACUGGCGCUUCCUCUUUACCUUUAUGCCAUGGCUGGGACUCGAAUAUCCUGGCGCGACCAAGAGUAUAAAUGCAUGCCAGAUGGAAGUGCAGUACCUAUUCAUAAUAAUAAUACAAAAGUCCCUUUAAAAUAA